AUGAUGUUUCAUGACGUUCAUGAUGUGCUGGUAGCCAGGGUUGGGAGGUUUUGGUUCAAGUUACAAGGUAGGGUGGUGAAAUAUGGUGACAUUGAAUUUUUUUUGAUUAGCAGUUUGAGAUUUAGACCUUAUGUUGAUGUAAUCAAUACAAAACACAACACAAAAUUUGCAUUAUGGAGUCAGUUGUUCCCAAAUUUUAGAAAUGAAGAUUUACGGCUGAAAGACAUAGAAGACUACAUAAAAGGGCCAACAUUCUUGACUUGUAGCAAUGAUGAUGCGAUAAUGCUUAUGAAUAUCUUGUUUUUGUUGAAAGUUAAAGUUAAUGUUUUUAUUUUGGAGGAAAACAACAUUCCACGUGCUGUUGAAGCAACGAAUUUUGAGAUCGAAUUGCCAUUCUAUUCACGUUAUCUUAGUUGGACUUUGGAUGGAGUGGAGUCUCCACAGAUGCAACAAAGCCCCCCUAAACAAUGGUCUCCAUCACCUCAACCCUCUUAG